UAUAAAUAUGCUGCGCAACCAUUUUGUGCUCUCUUUGAACUCUUCUCCAGGUUGUCUGCAUUGCUUCUGGUGAAUUUUUUCAGAGUUGUGAGCACAAAAUCUAACCGCACGCAUAUACAUAACAGAUAUACAUAAAUCAAUCACACAGACACACUCACUGAAAAGCAUACAGACACACUCAUCUGGACACACUUCCCAUCACAUACUUCCUGCUAAGAUGCCGCGUGCCAAGGGCCACAGGCGGACACUAGCCGCCAGGACGAAGUUGGCAGAGUGGCAGUCAUCGACCCCCAUGCCUCCUGUGCCCGAGUUCGUCGCUCGGCGCGGCACUGGGUUCCGCCACCGCGUGCGGAGGUGGCCGACUUCGGACCUGACUGGCCGUCAGGUGAAGUUUGUCCCUCCAGCUUUCCACCCGGAGAAGAAGACUGUCUUCGUCAUCGGUGACUCCCACCUGAGGGGCCUUGUGGAUGGGGACGUCGCCUUACCCAAGGUACCUCUCUCUUUUUCUUUUCUGUCUGUUCCAGGUGGAGGUGCAGCUGACUUGAGGAAAGAGGUGGGGCGCCUGGAGUUCCCGUGGACCCCGGAUGUCGUCUGCGUGCUGGCCCCGAGCAACGACCUGGACCGUGGCGAUGCGGCGGUGGAGUUCGGCGCGCUCCUGACCAGAGUCCGCAGCCGCUGGCCCAAGGUGUUUGUUCUGGACUUCCCCCCGCGUCUGAACAAACCCGUGGGCCUGCAGGAUCUGCUGCGUCAGGAGCACCACCGCGUCGCAGCACGCAUGGGUCUCCCAUUCGUGGCUGUGACCAGCAGCUUCCUGCUGGAUCGGUUGGAGCUGUGGUGUUAUGACGGCGUGCACCUCAGCGACACAGGUGGCUCGCCCAUCCUGGUGGAGCUGUUGUGCGACGCUGCGCUCACCCUGUUCGCACCCGAUCCCCCUGCACCUCCUUCCCCUGGUCUGAAGGACUGCCUGGAUCCCCGGACGUGGCCCAGGGUUGGACAGGAGGGAGAGAUGGCCUGCAUCACUGCAUCUGCUGUUCUUUGGAGGAAGAUGGCAGAGCGGCAGUCGUGGACCCCCAUGCCUCCUGUCCCCGAGUUGGUCGCUCGUGGCUCGCCCAUCCUGGUGGAGCCUGCGCCUCCUUCCCCUUGGUGGACGUCGCCACCUGCCCUGGUGACGAGGCCAGACCCCCUGCCCCGUCGGCGCCCGGAUCCCCGGAGGUGGACCACGGUUGGACGGGAGGGAAAGGCUGGAACACAGCCGGUGCUACAGUCCCUUCCCAUCCCGUCCAACCCUGUGUGGUUCAGCAGUCCUAUGUUGGAUGCCAUGGAGGAGUUCGCUCCUUCCUCUGACUCCGACUGCACUGCUGUCCCACCACCUGGCCAGCCCAAUCAGGGAAGCCCAAACUUCCCCCUCCUCAACCACUUCCGCCUGUUCUUCCUGGGGGAUCCCGAGGUGCUCCCAAGCCUGCUGAGAGACAUUGUCUCUUCAGUGUGUCCUGGGUCUUCCUCGUGGUCUCCUACCGGUGGUACAUGUCCUGAACACCAACAGCAUGGCAUCCUAAUAAAAUGCCCAAGCCAUUUUACUACUGUUAUUACUAUUACCAUUAUUACCACUAGUUGUUAAUCAAAUGUUGGGACAUUUUUGAGUAUGUGAUACAUAAUUGUAA